CUCCGUACGUCUACUAGAGGUGACCUGCACACACUCUUCACUGAAGCUUCACAUAGGAGAGUCGCAUCCCUCCUCCUCCUCUUCUUUGUACCGGCCUGUCUUCUGUCAGUCUACAUAACGAACGCUAUGGCUAAGGCUACAAGAGUUCUGGUAACUGGAGCUGCUGGUCAGAUAGCCUACUCUCUGCUGUAUGGAAUUGCUAAAGGUGAUGUCUUCGGCAAAGACCAGCCAUUGGAGCUUGUUCUCCUGGAUAUCACACCUAUGAUGGGAGUAUUGGGAGGAGUUGUAAUGGAGCUCCAGGACUGCGCUCUGCCUCUGCUAAAAGAUGUCAUAGCUACAGACAAGGAGGAAGAGGCCUUCAAAGACCUGGAUGUUGCUGUCCUGGUGGGCUCCAUGCCAAGGAGGGAAGGGAUGGAAAGGAAAGACCUGCUGAAGGCCAAUGUGAAGAUCUUUAAAUCCCAAGGUGCUGCUCUUGACAAGUACGCCAAGAAGUCUGUGAAGGUGAUUGUGGUGGGCAAUCCUGCAAACACCAACUGCCUGACUGCCAUGAAGUCUGCUCCAUCUAUCCCUAAAGAGAACUUCAGCUGCUUGACUCGUCUAGAUCACAACCGGGCCAAAGCUCAGAUUGCAAAUCGCUUGAAGGUAGCAAAUGAUGAUGUUAAGAAUGUGAUCAUCUGGGGUAAUCACUCCUCUACCCAGUACCCUGAUUCUAGCCAUGCUGUUGUCCAUCUCCAAGGAAAGGAUGUGCCAGUGUGUGAUGCAGUGAAGGACGACGCCUGGCUCAAAGGGGAAUUCAUCUCAACUGUUCAGCAGCGCGGCGCUGCUGUUAUUGCCGCGAGGAAGUUAUCCAGCGCUAUGUCGGCUGCCAAAGCCAUUUGUGAUCAUAUUCACGACAUUUGGUUUGGAACCCCAGAGGGGCAAUAUGUGUCAAUGGGUGUGGUUUCAGAUGGCAACUCCUAUGGUGUUCCUGACGAGCUCCUGUACUCAUUCCCUGUUGUAAUUAAGGAUAAAUGCUGGAAGAUAGCCGAAGGCCUGAAAAUUAAUGACUUCUCUCGUGAAAAGAUGGAUCUAACAACCAAAGAACUUAAAGAGGAGAAGGAAACUGCUUUUGAGUUUCUUUCAAUUGCAUGACUAGAAACUGGUCCACAAAUGCACUUAACCAAUGAAAACGUUAAAAGUAGUCUUUAAGUUUUAGGAUCAAGUGCUAUUUAUGUCUAAAAUGGUCAAGUCUAGCAAAAUCCACUUGCAUUUGAGUUUUGUACCUGUGACGGGGUUCAAGUCAUUCCUGGUGGUAGUGAAAAAUAAAACCCUUGACACCAA